AAAUCCUCCCUUCCAAGUUCCAUCCAAGUUCCCACGGAAACACGCAGUGGCAGAACAGCGCAGGAGCACGAGCACGAGCACGAGCACCAGGCUUAUCUUAGUCGCGAGAGAGACAGCCAAAGAUGAUUAUCCCAGUUCGUUGUUUCACUUGCGGCAAGGUGAUUGGGAACAAAUGGGAUACGUAUCUUGAUCUUCUCCAAGCUGAUUACACUGAAGGAGAUGCUCUUGAUGCGUUGGGGUUGGUUCGGUAUUGCUGUAGAAGAAUGCUCAUGACUCAUGUCGACCUUAUUGAGAAGCUUCUGAACUACAAUACUCUGGAGAAAAGUGAGGGCAGUUGAGAAGCUCACAGGAUCGCUAGGGACCUGGAGCUGCUUUUUGUGACUCAUGGAUGUAUUAGAGGAUGUGUGGUGAAUAUGGUGAAAGUAGACAAGAGGGAUGUUCAAAUACUCUGUAUAACGUUUUGUUACAACCUAGUCACUGUUUGAGACCAAUGUUUUGAGAAACUGCUUAAAUCAUUUCAAUGCCUGUUGUGCGAUACUGUUGGCAUUCUUUUUUGAAAAUGCGAUGCUAUAUAUGAUGAUCAA